AGGAGGAGGAAGAGGAGGAGGAGGAGGAGGAGGGGGAAGAAAGGACGUGGAGGAAGGACGUGGUUCUUCUGACCGGACUGAGGACUCGGAGGUUGCGAAGGAGGCUCCGGCCCUGGGAGGCCGCGGGGCGCGGGCGCAGAUGAGCCUCGUGGGCGGCCCUAUAGCAGCAGCAGCAGCAGCAGCAGUGGCAGCAGCAGCAGCGGCAGCAACAGCAGCACCCCCGGCCGCAGCGAUCGUGGGCCCCUGACCGGGGCUGCCCGGACACCAACCCCACUGUGCCUGGCCAUGCCCGCGGGCUUUGCAGCCCUCAUGUCAACAUGAUGAAAACGGAGCCCUCCGGGGAGCGGAGCACCCUGCGGAGCGCCUCCCCACACCGGAAUGCCUACCGCACGGAAUUCCAGGCUCUCAAGAGCGCCUUUGACAAGCCUAAGGCCGAGGGGGACCCCAAGGCCAAGGAGGGCGAGGGCUCCCAGCAGAGCAGGGGCAGGAAAUAUGGCUCCAACGUCAACAGGAUCAAGAACCUCUUCAUGCAGAUGGGCAUGGAGCCCAGCGAGCCGGCGGCCGCCCCCCCCAAGGCCAGGGCCAAGGGGGCGCCCCCCUCCCCGCCCCGGCGGGGGCGGCCCAAGGAGCUGCUGGAGAGGGCGGCGGGCUGCGUGCUGAAGCUGGAGUCGUCCGUGUCAGAGCGCAUCAGCAGGUUCGAUACCCUGCACGAUGGCCCGUCCUUUUCCAAGUUCUCUGAGACCCGCCGCAUGUUUGAGAGGAACAGCCGGCGCUCGCCCCAGGCCGAGCGGCCUGGGCCCGAGGGGCCCGACGAUUGGCCCGGAGCCAAGUCCAACCGGGGCAGCACCGACUCCCUGGACAGCCUCAGUUCUCGGCCUGAGGCCGUGUCCCCCACCGUGAGCCAGCUCAGCGCUGUCUUUGAGAACUCGGACCCCCUCACUGAGAACCACGAGGAGUUCUCGGGGACCUGCACCGAGGCCCCCAGCCCUGUCAGGGAGCCCGACUCCUGGGGCUCUUCAGAGCCCCGCGGGGUUGAGGCCGAAGGUGGGGGCCUGGAGGAGGUAGCCCCCGGGUCCUCAGAGGUGGGAGGCCAGCGGGAGGCUGAGGCACCAACUCCUCCCCAGCCAAGGAGAAGCCUGGAGGGGUCUGUGCAGGAAGAUGCUGCCAGAGCAGCCCCUGAUGAGCUGCCGGUUGGCCAGGCUGCCCCCUCAGAGCCUGAGGCCCCCAAACACCCUGGGGCCGCCCUGGCAGGGGCUGUCAGCACCGGGGAUGCCCCUGGCACAGAGGAGGCCUCUGACCACAGCGCCCACGUCUACAUGCACACGGACUACAACAUCUACCGGGUGCGAUCCAGGUAUAAUUCAGACUGGGGAGAGGCAGGCACCGACCAGGACGACAGUGAUGAGACCCAGGAAUACCAGCCCAGCAGGGACUACCUGGAAAUCAGCGGCUUGCCGGAGGAAGAGGACAUCCCAGCCAGUCGCAAGAUCCAGUUCAGCCGGGCGCCCAUCAAGGUUUUCCACACAUACUCCAAUGAAGAUUACGACCGGAGAAAUGACGAUGUGGACCCCGUGGCGGCAUCUGCAGAGUAUGAGCUAGAGAAGCGGGUGGAGAAGCUGGACCUUUUCCCAGUGGAGCUGGAUAAAGAUGAAGACGGCCUCGGCAUCAGCAUCAUUGGCAUGGGCGUGGGGGCCGAUGCAGGGCUGGAGAAGCUGGGAAUCUUUGUUAAAACGGUAACGGAUGGUGGAGCUGCCCAGUUGGAUGGCCGGAUCCAGGUCAAUGACCAGAUUGUAGAGGUGGAUGGCAUCAGUCUGGUGGGAGUCACCCAGAACUUUGCUGCCACGGUCCUCCGGAACACCAAGGGCACCGUCAGGUUCGUGAUUGGGCGAGAAAAGCCAGGACAAGUGAGCGAGGUGGCCCAGCUAAUCAGUCAGACCCUGGAGCAAGAGAGGCGACAGCGGGAGCUGCUGGAGCAGCAUUAUGGCCAGUAUGACGCUGAUGAUGACGAGACGGGGGAGUAUGCCACCGAUGAGGAGGACGAGGAAGCAGGGCCCUCCCUGCCCAGCCGGGACCUGGCCAUCGAGGUGUUUGAGCUGCCGGAGAACGAGGAUGUGUUCUCCCCAUCAGAGCUGGACACUGGAAAGCUCAGUCACAAGUUCAAAGAGCUGCAGAUCAAGCAUGCGGUCACAGAAGCUGAGAUCCAGAAGCUAAAGAACAAGCUCCAGGCUGCGGAAAAUGAAAAGGUGCGAUGGGAACUAGAAAAAACCCGACUCCAGCAAAACAUUGAGGAGAACAAGGAGAGAAUGCUGAAGCUGGAGAGCUACUGGAUUGAGGCCCAAAGCCUGUGCCACACGGUGAAUGAGCACCUCAAAGAGACGCAGAGCCAGUACCAGGCCCUGGAGAAAAAAUACAACAAGGCCAAGAAACUCAUCAAGGAUUUCCAGCAAAAAGAACUCGACUUCAUCAGGAAACAGGAAGCAGAGAGGAAGAAGAUGGAGGAGUUGGAGAAGGCGCAUCUGGCCGAGGUCCAAGGCCUCCAGGCUCGGAUCCAAGAGCUGGAGGUGGAGGUCUUCAGGCUGAUGAAGCAGAGCGGCCCUCAGGUGAACAAUAAUAACAACAUCCUGGAGCGGGGCACGGGCCUGGGCCACGCCCCCAAGGGAGAGGCCCUGGAGAAUUCGCACAGCCAGCAGGUGUCCAGCCAAGACCUGAAUGAAGCUGUUCCAGAGACAGAGCGCCUGGAUUCUAAAGCCCAGAAAACGCGAGCCCAGCUCUCCGUGAAGAACAAGAGGCAGAGACCUUCCCGGAGCCGACUUUAUGAUAGCGUCAGCUCCACUGACGGGGAGGACAGCAUGGAGCGGAAGACCGGCGCCCUUGGGCGGGCACAGGCCACAGUCCCCUCUGCCAGCCUUGCCGACCUGCCAAAGGAAGCCCCGGGGCCGCCCGUGGGUGCACCGGCCACCUUACCGCUGUUUCGGGGGAAGCGCUUUCCUCCGCUCUCCUUCAAAGCCCGCUCCUUCCCGCCGAUCUGCCGCCACCACGAAGGCGGCCCCAGGAAAAGGGUCUUCAAAGACAGGCUGCAGAAUGUGGAGCCUGAGCCGCCUCCCGGAGUGCAGCCGCCUGCUUGGCAGACUCAUGCCCCCUUCUCAUGGCUUAGUGCCCGCAGAAAAGGACCCCACGGCUCCAGAACCCGGCCAGCUCCUGCCACUUCCCCUGAGCCUACUCCUGGGCAGCUAAGCUCAGAUAAAAAAGGGUCCAAGAAUUUCCCUCUCCCUGAUGAUUUCAGCCCCAGCAGCACAAGCUCUGCCGACCUCAGUGGCCUUGGGCCCGACCCCAAAGUUCCAGGCCUUUCCAGAUCCUUGGCCCUGUCAUCUGAUGAGAGCCUGGAUAUGAUCGAUGAUGAGAUCCUCGACGACGGGCAGUCCCCCAAGCAUAGCCAGGGGCAGAGCCGGGCCGUACGGGAAUGGAGCGUACAGCAGGUGGCUCAGUGGCUUCGGAGCCUCAACAUGGAGCACUACGUGGCCGAGUUUAGCGCCCAGAGCAUCAGUGGGGAGCAGCUUCUGCAGCUGGACGGCAGUAAGCUCAAGGCCCUCGGGGUGACUUCGUCCCAGGACAGAGCCCUUCUCAAGAAGCAGUUCAAGGACAUGAAGGCGGCCCUGGAGAAGGCGCGCAAAGCCCAGGAGAAGAUGGAGAAGCAGCGCGAGAAGCUGCGGAAGAAGGAGCAGCAGCGGAAGGCCCGAAAGGCCGAGCCCGCCUCCCCAGAGCCCCCAGACGGCGCCAGUGAGCAGUGAGGCUGGGCGGGGCUGCGGGCCUCGCGCCUGUCUCACUCCUCGGACCCCUCCGACCCCCUCCGCCGGGGGCUUCCUGCAAUAACUGACUGUGUGUGCUUUCUGUGCCCAUCCCUGGGAAGAUCCCAAAGCACCUCGGGUUGUUACCGCAGCUCCUCACGUGGAAAAACCCCAGAAGGGACCCUGGAGGCCAGGGAGAGCGGGGCCUCUGAUCCCUGCGCAACCUGCUGUCAGCCCGCGGCCGAUCGAGCCCCCAGGGACUCCCUUAUGCGUCCCUCCUCGUCCUGCGCACCCCGUGAGGACAUGCUAGAGAGCCGGGCAGGGCCUGGGCAGGGCUGGCAUCCAUGGCCUCCUCUCCAGCUGUCCUUCAAGCCCUAGAGGGAGCCAGAGCCUUAAAGCGGAGCUGGGGGGCUGCGGCAGGAGGGGGAGGGCUUCCUGGACAGCCCUGGGCGCUGAGAUCUCCCCCCACCCACCUUGCCUCUCCUCAUCCGGCUGGUCAGCUGUGCUGACAGGCACCCCGCACUCCCUCAUCCCCGACGACGCCCCAGGAGCAGCCUGGCUGGGCCGAGACUGAGGACUUCUCUUUCUUUUCUACUUGAGAUUUUCCACGGGGUUGGGCUUCGGGAGCGCUGUGGAGCCAAUGCACUUUGGAGAGACUUGGAAGUGCCCCAUAUGCCGUGGAGCCGGAGGGCACCUCCUUUGCCCUGAGGGCGCUGCUGAGCCCUGCAGGGCCGGCCCUGGGGGCCGUGGGCCGGGUCACUCGAGUUGUCCGUGGGCAAGGAGGGGCUGGAGGGGGGGGGCUGGGAAACCAAUGUACAUGUCUGCGAAAGGAGGGAGGGUUUUGUUGUUUUUGCUGUGUAACCACUGCUUGCGUCUGGCUGCUGCGCCGCAUGCUGCCGACCCUAGAAAAGGGACCCUGACCACUGAAUGAUGGCAUUUGAGAGCCUCCCAGAGGACCCCAGGGCCUGUGGUCUCUUCGGGCCUGUCUUUGUGCUUUGCUGCUUUAGUAGGGGCUGGCAUUGAGAAAGGGGCCGGCCUUGUCAGCCUUUGGAGUCCCUCUUCUAGGCACUGUGGAGGCUGGGGCUGCUCAGCCGGGCAGAAAUGGGGUGUCUGGGCUCCCUGCAGUGAUGUUGAGAUGGCAGAGCCCCAGGUGUGUGUGUCUCUGUCUGUCUGUCUGUCUGCCUCUGUCAGCAUCUGUUUGUCUUUUGGGGGGUCAGAGGUCAAAGCUGCUCUUAGAGCCUGGGGGGGCACAGUAGUGUCCUCCAGGAGAGGAUGCUCCACCAAGAGCUCUCGGGGCACCUGGGCCUCUGCAAAGGUGGACCCUUUGGGACCUUUCAAGUUCUCUUUAGGGAGGAAAAAGGAACCUGGGCUGAACUGGCUUGUUCACUGAGAUGCCUGAGCUCUGGGGCAGGAUGUGUGUUUUGCCUUUGGGUGCAUUAGGCUAGCAGUGGGAGUGGGCUGAUCCCACAAGAACCCCUCCUAGGGUUCUUAAUCUCGGCUUGUACCUGUGUCUUCCCAAGCAGUGGGCAGCAGUUGCCGGCAGGGGGCACCCUCAGAAAUCAGGAGAGUGGAGCCCAAGCAGCAGCAGCCUCUGGAAGCUGGGCAGGGAAAGGGAGCGGGCAGGCUCCUGAGGGUGUCUCCCUGCCACCAGCCAGGGCUCGGCCACGACUGAAUCCCAGGGCCAAUGACCUGGGAUUUACAGUCCCAGGGGCAAAGAUAUAGAGGCCAGGGCAUAGCCAGGCACUGAUGGCUGAAGGAAGGCUUUCUGCCUGCAGAUUUCUCAGCUUGAAUGGGAAGAGGAUGGUGUGACCGAGGGGGGUGGGGAGGGAGCUCCAAGGUUUCACCAGGGAAGAUUUUGGCACCGUGGAUAUGGGAGCCUCAGUCCCCUCUCAGGUAUGCUGUCCCAGACCUAGAGUCAAAAGGAACCAUAGAAGCCACCAAGUCCAGUCCCCCUCAGAGAAGGAAACCUCACUGGGUCCUCUGGGGCACUAGCUCUGGUCUUUGUAAGCCCACACCUAGUGGUCCAGCUACUUUCCAGGCUGCUGCUGAAUGGGGCAUUCUCCUCCCCACCCACCCCCAUGGUCCUUUUCCUCUUUGCCAGUCUCUAGAGCACUGCCAUAGGAACACAGGGUGGGGUUGGAGCCCUUCAAGGGGCCGCUGGCAUCCAGCUUGUGUCAGUCCUUAAGUCACUAAGCUGCCAUUGACUCUCUCCCCCAUGUAUCAUACAAAGACCUCUUACCCCAUCACAUUGUUUCCCAGGAGGAGGUAGGGCCCUUUACCCAAAAUGCUGGGGAGGUAUCUUCUUGUCCUGAAGAGGCACUUCAGAGCUAGGGAAGAGGGAAGCAAGAGUGAGUGGUCAGAGUGGACCAAGGAAGGUGGCUGAGGACAAGAUGAGGGCUGCUCAGUCGUCCUCCAGAUCCAUAUUGUUGUUUCAGGGGAGUCAUUCCAGUUUCCCCUUCUGUCCAGUGAGGAGGCUGGAGAAGACCAGAAUUGGACAUCCCUUCUUGUCCCACGAGCCAACUGUUACUUAUGAUGGCAUGUGGUGGCCCCCUAAGUUUCCCAUUGAUUCACAUCCAAAACGUUGAACUGGAAAUGGAAUAAGGCUUAAGCUCAAAGUGAUAUCUUGGGCCUUUGGAAGAAACAGCACUGGUUUAGAUCUAGGGGUGUAGGGGCCAAAUUUAAUAUAGGGAGAAUUAAUUGGGUGGCUCUCUGUAAUAUUGGGGUUCAGAAAAUAAUGAGGGACCUCUAGGUCCAAAGUUUCCUCCCCUCCAAACUGCUUUUUUAAGUUA